AUGCAUCGUCAUGUGACCAACUUCCAGCGCAACCAUGUGACAAUAUCGCGCAACAUCUCGUUCAAUCCGAUAGAUGAGAGUAUUCCGGAAAUCGACGAAACGGAUGCCACGUCGAUGACGUCAUCUCACGGUUAUUUGCGAGUUGAUUCGAAUGAUGUCGCAAGUCUCAUGGACGACGACGACGACAAUCCGAAUGAGGCGCUUUUUAGGCCAAACAACGAAGAUUACGCUUCAACGUAUCAUCAUGACGGAAUUGACUACGACAGCUACGACGAGCUGGAGCGACACGAGCUGGACGAUCGACUCGGCGAAAUUCCGCAAGAAUUUCAUAGAAGACAACGAAGGGAAGCCUUAUUUGGCGAAGAAGUGACUCGAGCCGGCCUGGGCCGCGCUGAAUACUACGAGGAUCAUCCUUUGAUUCACACUUGCGAGAAGAGUGGGCACGAAGAGCUGGACGAGAGUGAUGAGGCCAGCAAGGACGAAGAUGAGGAGGAAGAAGAAGCCGGAAUUCGAAAGUACGCCAAGUUGAUCCUUCCUCACGUUGCCCUAGUACUUCUUACGUGCGCUUAUACCGUAUUAGGUGCUUCAAUAUUCUAUAGUGUCGAGCGGCCGCACGAGCAGCUCAUGAAAACACAACAGGUACAUCAAUGA